AUGCUUACCCGGCGGAAGCCGAUGCGGCGGCACCGCCUCUCUCUCCUCUUCUUCACUUUGCUGUUCGCCUGUCUCGCGCUCUGUCGUCGCGCGCGCCUGCCUCCAUCGUCGCUUCCUGUCUCUCCCCUCUCUCCCCCGUCUGCUGUCUCGUGUUUUCCCCUCCCCUUUGACUUCUUCGGCUUUCAUCACGCUUCUGCGACGCCCCUGAAGCUUGUUUUCCCUCAAGCGCUGGAGGCAGGUCGCGCGGGGAGGAGAUACAGCAGACAGCUGCAGGUUUCCGCGUUUCUCAGCGAUGAAGACUUUCAGCGGUUGAGGCGGAUAACCCAGGAUCUCGAGGCCCCAUCAGAGCCCAGCGAGGUCGCUGCCUUCGUCGCCGUCCGCGCCUUCCCCUCGUCGUCCUCCUCGCCUCCCCUCUCCUCUUCUUCAUCUUCUUCCUCUUCUUCUCCCUCUUCUUUUUCUGAGGUCCCGCGGCCCCUUGCGAAUGCACUCUGUCGGCGCGUGCAGGACUUGCUUGUGGCUGCCUCUGCGUCCUUUUCGCGUCCUCAGGCAGAAAACGAUCUUCCUUCAGUUCUCGCGCUUUCGCAGCUUCUCGACGCCCGCGGGGUGAUCGCUUGCGACUUCAAAGUGCCCCGGGGCGUCUCGGUCUACCUCGCGGAUGCCGUGUGUCAGGACUCGCAGAAGCGGCGACACGCGAGCGCGAGCGAGACGCUCCAUCGCCAGGCAGCCGCGCUGCUGGCGCUUGCCGCACUCAACGACCAAAGGGCAGAAGCGAUCGCCCAGGCGCGCGCCAGCAAGUCUGCAGAUGCAGGCAUCGAGACGCGCGCCGAUGAGACAACCUCGUCAUUCCUCAUCGAGAAAAUGGACCGCGUGGACUACUUGAGCGCUGCGCAGGCGCUCUACGGUUCUCUUGAGGCCGCUACGCGCGCGGAAAUCAGUGAACAUUCGUCUGCGAAAUCGAAGGGGGCGAACUCCCGCGAGGCCGAGAGGCGCGCGCGCAACGAGCUGCGUGCCGCUUCGCUGCUCGCCCUCUCUGCGAGUUUGAACUUCUUCUUCAGAGGCUCGCCGCCGCUGAACUCCCCACACACGGCGAAGGCCCAGGAGGCGCGGGCGACAGGCGCGGCGGAGAUCGAGAGCGACAGCGUCUCCAGUCUCCUCAAGAAGGGCCUCGCGACGCUGGAGGGGGAGCUCAGCGACGUGGUGUUCCACGGGCGAGCGGCAGACGCCGAAGAGGAAAAGCAGAAGAAAGUCACCGAAAAAGAUGCGGCGCGGCUCGGACUCCUUCUGCAGGCUUACUUCAGUGCGAAGCCGGCCUACGCCGCCUCGUCCCCAGACGUGGAGGUGUCUCCCCGACUUGCGGCCGCCGGCGAGUUCAGUCUCGAAGCGGCCGUGCGGCUGGUGAAGGCGAUGCGCGCGGCAAAGGCAGAGACCCUCUCUGCGCUACCUCUCCUUCUCGACGCGAUUCAGUCAGCGGCGCAGGCGGGCGCGUUCGCCGCGGCGCGCGAGAAGCUGCAGCGCGUCGUCGCGUGCGACGUCUGGGGCCGGGCUCUGGCGGACGCCCAGGUGCAUGCGCAGCUCACGCUCUCCGGCACGAACGGCGAGAAAGACGCCGAAGUGGAGGUGCGCUUCUCGCGCGAUCCCGCGUCGACAAACGGCUGCGUCUUUCUGGCGCGUGACCGACGCUUCAAAGUCGCGGCGCGCGUCGCCUACUUCCUCUCGCGCCGCGGCGUCGCGAAGCAGAGAGAUGAUCGGUUCCUCUUCCUCUGGGAGAGGCCCGCGGCGCCGCGCGGGCGACAGAGCGGCGACGCUGCGGAGAUUCUCGCUGGCGGUUCAGCGCGUGUCGUCGGCGCGGAGGUAUCAGUCGUGUCGCUUUCGCGAGCGGAGGAGGACGAAGAGGAGGCGAAGAAGUCGGAGUUGAUAUUCCGCCUCGGGGCGAAGGCGCCGCACACGAACGCGAAGCCUCUCCGCGCGACAGGCAACGAACUCUUCUUCACAUUGCAGCUCGCCGCGACUUGGAGGCAUGACGGAGAAGCAGCGGGCGCCCGGCGUCUUGAGCAGGUCAGCUUGCUUCUGACGCUGCUUUCUGCGGACGAGAGCUCCGAGGGGAAGCACGCCAAGACGCCGCUUCCUGCAUUUCUCUUUCGAAGUCGGCAGUUUCCUUUCGCCCUGCGUGACGCAGAAGACCAGAAAUACGAGCUCCGUCUUCCCAUGGACCGGAAGCGCCUGGCUCCCGUGAACGGCCUGUACCGCUUCGAGCUUCUCAUUGCAGACAAAGAGAUGAAGGCACCUCUUCGAAUGACUCUGUUUGAGAAGCCUCUGGGCUUUGCGCGUCAGCUCAAGCUCCUCACCGUGCCCGUGGGCGGCGGCGCGCACGCAGGCACACGGGUGAUUUCGCCCGCCGACCAGAGUCUCUUCCCCUCUCCGCUUCUCUCGUGGACGCAUGCGCCGCCGCCGAAGCAGGCCUCAGCCGGCGUCGCGGCGGUCAGCGCGAUUCUCUGCUGCGUCCUGCCUUCUCUCGCGCUGUGGAUGCUGUGGACCUCUUCGGCGAUCGGCGUGCAAGACAAGCUCCGCGAGCCGUCAACCGUUCAGUUCCUCUUUAUCGGCGCCCUGCUUGUGCAGGGCAUCAUCCUCGCGCUGUACUUCUUCUGUCUCUCCCUGUUUCAAACGCUGCCGAUCCUCGGAUGCUGGUUGGGCGUCACGGCCUUUGUGGGGUAUCGCGCCCUCUGCCAGGCGCGCGAACAGCACAUCGAAACAUGCCUUUCCCCGUUGCGCAGGGGGAAGCACGCGUCUUGA